AUGUUAUCAAUCACAACAUUUAUCUUAUUGGGUAUUUUGGGCCUUUUUCUUUACCUAUUGGUAAAAUACCCGGAUAAAAGCAUAGGUACAAAUGAAAGACCUGAUCUUGUUGGUCCAAGGGGCUUACCAAUAAUUGGAAAUCUCAUUGGAAUCUAUUUGAAGGGAUUUACAAAUUUCAACUACGAAAAUUUAACGAAAUAUGGUCCAAACGCUACGUCUACUUCCCUAGGAUUUGGUAGACUUAUUGCAAUUAACGAUCCCGAAUGCAUAGAAUAUGUUAUGAAAACAAAUUUUGAAAAUUACAUAAAACCCAACCUUCUUAAAGAAGCUUUGAAUGAUGUAUUAGGUGAUGAGAAAUGUGGAGAUUCCAACGAAAAUUGGCGAGCCAUUUAUUUAACGCAAAAAAUUUUUGUGAAAUUAUUUGAAGAAGAUACCAAAAAGUUAUUAAACAUUAUGGAAGCAAAGGUUCAAAGUGGUGAAACCUUUGACUUGCAACAAUUAUUUUUCCGGUUUACUUUGGAUACUUUUUUAAAGAUUACAUUCGGAUUGGACAAGAACAGUUUUGCGGAUCCCGAAGAACCAGUACGGUUUGCAAUGGCAUUUGAUUCCGUACAAGCAACUAUAGAUGGUAGAUUUUUAAACCCUUUUUGGAAAUUUACUGAAAUUUUCAGUGAGGGCGGUCGUAAAAUGCGUGCAAAUUGUAAAUAUUUGUCGGAAUUUGCCUAUAAAAUAAUUAAAAAACGUAGAAAUGAUCCCAAAGCUUUGAAGAAUCCAAAGGAUAUUCUUAAUAUUUUUAUGAACGCUAAAUUAGAAGAUGGUCAAUACUUAACUGAUAAAGAAUUAAGGGACAUUAUUUUGAAUUUGAUUAUUGCCGGACGCGAUACGACCGCACAGACACUCUCAUGGAUGAUGUAUAAUGUAAUGGUGAAUCCUGCCAUUGAACAAAAGAUGGUAAAUGAAAUAAAUACUUUACUCUCAAAUGAAAAACCCAUCCCAAAAUAUGAAGACGUUAAGCAAUUCGAAUUUGUGCAAGCCACACUUUAUGAAACUUUAAGGUUACAUCCCUCGGUCCCAGGAAGUGUAAAGUAUUGUCUUGGAAAUGAUGUGCUUCCAAAUGGUACACCGGUAAAUGCUGGUGAAUUAGUAAUUAUGUCCGCUUGGGCUAUGGGAAGAGAUGAGAGAAUAUGGGGCGCGGAUGCAAAAAUAUUUGAUCCUGAACGAUUCAUAAAAGAUAAGAAUGGAUUAAAACCAAGUCAAUAUAAAUUUGUCAGUUUUAAUUGUGGUCCAAGGUUAUGCCUCGGACAAAAUUUCGCCACGAUCGAAUUUAUGACAUUGACAACUUCAUUAUUAAGAAAAUAUCAAUUCGAAAUAAUGCCAGGACAAAAGUCUCCUCCCGAUUUCGGUAAUUCCGUAACUUUACCAAUGAAAGAUCCUUUAUUGGUUAAAGUUUAUCGCAGAAAUUAA